UCGAUAGUGACGCAAAAUGGUAUCGGUGGGUUGCUGUCUCCAUUAUUACACGGGAAAGCUUUAUUUUGGUUUGAUAAAAUAUUUACCGUAGUUUAAAAAAUGUUUCCAAAAUCCAGCACAGGUUUACGAGUGAGACCAAAUCGAGGUGAAACCUUACCUUUUCCACAAUUCGAAAAACCUAGACCGAUUGGAUAUUUUAGUGUAGUAGGAGGAACUUUACGAGAAUAUGAACCUUCAGCACAGCAAUUACGCUAUUACAAGCCGCCAGCAGCUAAAAAAUUCCCUCUUGACCUCAAUGAAGGCCUGCAUCUAGCAAUUAAAAAGCCCGAAUCAGUUUAUGACGAGGGGCUCGAUCAUAUUUUCAAAUUUAUUUUCGACCAUCGCGACCGUCUCACUAAGCCAUUGACGGCUUCUGAAACUUCUCAACGAAGUCUUAAUGCCGAGUUUGUGUGCUGGCGCGGGCUUUUACGUUUAUUAAUGAGUACACCCUAUGAAUUCAGAAGUGAUUGGUCUAUUGUGGUUACACGUUUCAAUGGGACCUUCUAUCUGCGCAAGCGUGACACAGAGCAGGAAAAAUUUCAACGUGCCCAAGAAACUGAGCAACAGCGAGCAUUUGCUUCCUGGGGCUUUAAAUUUGAACAAUACUGUCUAUCGGAAUCACCAUUUCUCGAACCGGACGACAAAGGGCCUGUUGAUGAGUGCAGCGAAUUUUCUUGUGUAUUUAAAACAAAACUUGCCGGCUUUGAACUGCUCUAUGGUGCUGAAAUGGAUGGAAUUAUUAGUGAACAACCCGUUCUUCUAGAUGGGGAUACAACUACUUGUUUGGAAAAUUUGAAAUUCAUCGAAGUAAAAGUACGACAGGGAAACUUGAACCGAAAUCAAAUUCAGUCUUAUAAUCGUCAUAAAACCCGCAAUUGGUGGUGCCAAUCAUUUUUAGUUGGUAUUCAAGACAUCUACGUUGGACUGCGGAAUGAAUAUGGUCUGGUAGACCGCAUCGAACACACUGAAGUGCGCUCUCUGCCCAAGCAAGGAAUGAAUCAUUGGACACCAAAUAUGUGCGUUACGUUUCUAAUAGAAUUUUUUAAUCGCGUACGUUCAUUAAUGACCGAUGUGAACUGUCCAUAUACCGUUUUUGAAUUUUACUUUAACUCCAAUCGGGGCACCAUAACAUUUGAAAACAUAAAAGGCAAAAGCGAGCAUUCCUUUCUGCCAGACUACUUCAUAGAACUUAUGCAUCCUAAGCCGCCGGUAAUCAAUGAAGAACGAAUAAAUUUACAGAGAGCGGACACGGUUACCGUAAACAUUUGAAAUAUGUAUGUACGUCAUAUGUAGUGUUAGGUAAUUAAGUCCUAAGUUUAAAUAAAACACUGAUUUUAAGUUAUUUCUAUGUUUUAUUGAAAUAAAAAAAGAAAU